AUGCCCAUGCUCAUGCCCAUGAUCCGAACAAUUCCCCACGUCCCUCUCCCUCUCUCUCUCUCUUUCUCUUGCUCUCUCUUCGCUGGACCUGUAUCGUACGGCAACCUAUACUAUAACCCCGUCCAUGGAAACCAUCGACGCCCGCAAUACCUACCCUACCACCCAAUCCCUGUCUACGCCGGCCAGCCGGCUCCAUCGCCAAAACACCCCUUGUCCCUGGAUCUUUGUCGCAGCCUGGGCAAGCCGCAAGGUCGAAAGCUCGCAGUGGGUGGGGACCUCGGACUUGGGUUCCACGGGAGAGGGUACGAAUAG